CUUCCAACUCUUGCAAAUUUUCAAGAUGGCUGAUAACAACAAACCUCAAGAGACGCCUUCUGAAACCAUGCGAAAGAAGUCAGAGAACGAUACAAAACCUGCACAAUCACACGAUGAAGACAACGAAAGUGUCGAAGAACAACCCCUGGACAUCGGGGAGCACUAUUUGGUGCGGAGAUCCGACGAUACUUGGCAUCCUGCUGAGAUAAUUCAGACGCGAUAUGGGGACAAUGAGUACGAGUACUACGUCCACUACGAGGGAUAUAAUCGGCGAUUGGAUGAAUGGGUACCACGGGCCCGGAUAAUGUCUUCGAGGUUUAAUUUGACGGAGAGCGGGCAGAAAAUCACGUCGGAUAAAGUGUGGAAAGAGAGGCCGCUAGUUUCUGAUUUAUUGUCUGACAGUUCGGAUAGAAAAAUCACCAGGAACCAGAAGAGGAGGCACGACGAGAUUAAUCACAUUCAGAAAACAUAUGCGGAGAUGGAUCCCACAACUGCAGCUCUCGAAAAAGAACAUGAGCAGAUAACCAAAGUCAAAUAUAUUGAUAAAAUUCAGAUAGGGAGGUUUGAGAUUGACACUUGGUAUUUUAGCCCAUAUCCCGAGGAAUACGGGCGCCAAAGCAAGUUGUGGAUUUGCGAGUACUGUUUAAAGUAUAUGAGGUUAGAAAAGAGUUACAGGUACCACAUGAGUGAGUGCACAUCGAGGCAACCCGUUGGCAAAGAAAUAUACAGAAAAGGCACCCUUUCCGUCUACGAAGUGGAUGGAAAAGACUACAAAAUAUAUUGCCAGAAUCUUUGCCUUCUUGCGAAACUCUUCCUAGACCACAAAACCCUCUACUUCGACGUGGAACCCUUCCUAUUUUACAUUCUAUGCGAAGUAGACAAACAAGGAGCCCACAUCGUGGGCUACUUCUCAAAAGAAAAAGAAUCUCCGGAUGGAAACAACGUAGCGUGCAUUCUCACACUACCCCCAUACCAAAGACAAGGAUACGGCAAAUUACUGAUAGCUUUCAGUUACGAGCUGUCCCGACUCGAAGGCACGGUUGGCAGCCCUGAGCAACCCCUCAGUGACUUAGGCAAACUGAGCUACAGAAGCUACUGGAGCUGGGUUUUACUAGAAAUAUUGCGGGACUUCAGAGGGACGCUGUCAAUUAAAGAUCUGAGCCAAAUGACCAGUAUUACGCAAACUGACAUCAUUUCCACCCUACAGAGCAUGAACAUGGUCAAGUACUGGAAAGGCCAACACGUGAUCUGUGUGACCCCUAAACUGGUGGAAGAGCACAUCCGCUCCAGCCAGUAUAAAAGACCCCGUUUGUGUGUCGACAGUACAGCGCUACGGUGGGCCCCCAGAAGACACACGAACAACAAACUAGGAAAAAAAUAACUCCUGAGUAGGACAAACUCAAAAAAAAAUUGUGAUAAUUGUUGUAUGCUUACCUUGAAGUGUUGCUGAAUAAAGUUUUUUUAUUAUAA